AUGUCAGUUACUUGAAUCUUGUUGAACGGAUACGGCGUGUUGAUGGGCUCGGCACGCUUCUGCGGUAUAUAUUGUUCGAUUUGUUUGCUUAAAAUAGUGUGAGAAAAGUAUGUGUACUCAUGUUCGUUAUUAGCAACGAAUAAUUUUGUUAAUUGCAAAAAAAUGAGAAUGAAAAAAAAAACAAUUAGUGAUAGACAAUUGACUUGAUUUUGGGAAAAACACUUGAUCAAUGAUAAAAUACGGAAAUCCAAACCAAAAUUUCGCUUAGUUUCGGUUCGUUUUUAUUUGGACAAACCACAACGUUCGAAUUAUCAGUGUGCUAUGUGAGCCGCUGUUAGUAAGAUUACCACGUUCCGAAGUGCAAGUGUGAUGUGUUUUUCAGUUUAAAGUUUAUCGAACACAGCUCACACACCUUAUUCUCUUUUGUUUCGCUGUAAUAUAUGCAUACGUAUAUAUUUUGCAAAAAAAAUUUUUUUAAAUGCAUUAGUAACAUAUAAUUCGAGCUAUAACAAAUCAGCGCAAUGACAUUCGCUGCUCUUUUUGCAUCGUUAAUAACAAUUAGAUGAAAAAUAAAAACAACAAUACAAACGAUCUUUUUGUGAUCCGCUUAUUGGUUAUGAUGUGUGUUUACUGGUGAUCACAACAGCAAAAUCAUUGAACGUUCCAUUUGCUAUACAUAAGAAGAAGGGAAAAAAAGCGAUCGGAUAAUAAAGUGAAACUAAAUUUUAAUAUUCAGCACGAUCUCGCUGCAUCGGCCAUUUCGCACAAAAGACUUGUUUCAAACAAUAACAAUAAUAACAAACAACAACGAGGCUGCUGCUGCUGUUGCUGUGUGACUGUGUGACUGCAUAUGUUUUUUAUGCAUGUACGUAUCGAAGCAAGGCAGCGAAUGCCGAUUUGACGAGAUUUCGCAGUCGAGUGUUUAUUUCGCGCGCAUAAAUGCAGAAAUAUACAUAUUUAUUUGACUAAUUUGAGUUUUCUAGUGAGCACACACAUAUUUUGGAAUUUAUAUAAUAAUUUUACUUGAGAUCGGUGUGAUUUUUUCUUGUAUACAAUAUUUGAUUCGUGCACGCGCCGUCCCAUAUUCAUUGCAUCGAUUUAUGUUUCUACAUUUUUUUUUUAAUUCUUUCUGUGAGAUGUGUAAUUGCAUGGAAGUCAAUAUCCAAAAAAGAAGAAGAAAGAAAAAAUACGGUGAACAUCAACACAUAAAGAGAUCAUAUAUCGAGUGAGAAAACAGUGCAAAGAAAUUGUACAAUUCUGAUUAAAAAGCUAUACAAAUUACAUUCAAAUUGAAAUCAUUGAGAAAUCAGUGAUUUAUGUACUAUAACUUUUUAAAAGAGAGUGGCAAAACUAUCGUUUCAUAAAAUUCCAGUAGCAUAACCAGAAAACAAGAACAAUUUAAACAGUUUAAAUGAGUGGUGAACAUAUUGAGAGUAAAUAACAAUUCAAUAAGCGUACAUAAGCUCCAACAAUAAGUAGAACUAAUAGUUGAGUGUUUUGUUGUGCAAGUUAAAUGCGUGCGAAUAUAAAGCUUAUCUAGAAGAGAAUAAACCAUUGUGUGCAUUGUUCUUUUAUUUUUUUUUCUCUCUCCUCCCGCAAACUCAUUGUUGAAAACAUAAGCAAAUGGUACAACGCAAAAAAUCACCACAUCAGAUUUGUGUUUUGUUUUCAUUUAUUAUAUUUAAAAAAAAAAAUAAAAUGACAUACAAAAAGAUCAACAAUAAUAAAUAUGCAACAUAGUAAACCAUUGACUCAUUCCCAAAUGAACAGUUUAGACAAUCAGUUAAUUUCUAUUUUAUACGCACAUUGAACAAAAAAAUUGUUACUAUUUUUCAAAAAAAAAUUCAUUUAGUUUUCUACACGCCGUACAUAAGUACGUAAAUCCCACGACGGAGAGCGCAUAUACCACAGCCAUACGGCUACCGGGCGUGCACACGUACAAACUUGCAGUCGCUACCCUCGGUCGUGAGUAUCGAACUCGACAGUUGAGAGGCCCUCAAAAGUAUAUGCGUUUCAGAUUGUAUUUAACACAAAACGUGUGCAUUCGUCGCCUUGCGAAUUAUACGGAGAGGUAGAAUGAAAAAUAUUCGAGUCAUGCACAACACAAUACAUUUGCUUCUGUAUUGGUUGCAGUAGCGCAAGAGUAACAUUCGUUCGUUUAGAUUUUAUCAAAAAAAAAAAAACAUUUUUCAUAUAAAAAUUGAGCGGAAUUUUUUUUUCUUCACCAAAAUUCGAAUUAACAAAUAUGGAAUAAAGAAAAAAAAUCAAUUAUCCUCAGUCAGUUUCGAAGCGAUUUCAAAAUUACAACAAAAUGGAACAUUCCAGAACACAGUCGAUUGAUUGGUUUGUAUGCGUGUAUCAAUGUGUCAUCGAUCCAACCGAAUGGAUUCGCACAAAAGGAACAAUGUGUGUGUAUGAAGUUGUAACACAGAGGUUUUUGUUGCCAAGUUGAAAUUGCACCUAUUAAUAAUUAAAAGACUUAAUGCAUAUUCAAACGCGCAUCGAUCGAGCAUCGUAUUUGAAUUUAUUAACUGUGUGAAAAAUCAAAACCGUUUAGUUACGGAGCGACUUUCAAAUAUGGUCGACAUGUCGUUGCAUGCAUUUGCUGUGGUAUCGAAGGAGUGUGAGCAACAAACUGAACAGAAGCAAUUUGCUGUUCAUAUUUUUGCAUUUGGAAGUGUUUUUAUUUUGAGAAACCAAAUCAUCGGCCAGUGUCAAGCAAAUCGUUGAAUGAAUAGAGACGCCGAAAAUCAAAAUACAUUAUGUACAAUAAGUACCCGGAAUACAUCAUUUUAGCCGCUUCUACGGAAGUGAUAGUUUAGACAAUAGUGGGACUUAACACAAUAAGUAUAAAUAUUAAAUAAUAGUGAAACAUUUUAUCAAAUAAUAUUUAAUAAUAAUGAUGUGAAACAACUUUUUAACAACACAAAAAGCAAGCAUAUUCGCUGUCAUUUUGGUUUACGAACUAGUUUUUCAUGUGCGCAAAACUAUUAUUAUUCAGAGACACGACAAAAAAACAAAAUAAUGAAUACAAAAGAAAUUCACAAUUUAGUUCAUUUAGACUCUGUCGCUCUCUGUGUGUUUUGAACAGUUUUCGUGUGCUGUGCGUGUAUACUAUACGUUGGUUUUACAUGUUCUCGCAUUUUAUUUUUAUAAACAACGUAAAUUUAUAAUCAAAAUGAACAGAAAUACAGUGACAAAGUUUGUGUCACCAAUGAAUGUGAUUGAUAGUAAAUCAUCAGUCCAUUCAAUGGCCCAUCAUAUACCGCCAUCAACACAGCAAUCAUCGUUAAUUUCGACAAAUGGCAGUUGCCACAGCGGAAGUAGUACAAACACAACGAACAGCCUAAAUUCGCAUUCAAGUAGCUGCGGAAGUGGCUCAAGCCCAUUGGAAAAUUUGCCAAAGAAAUUUGUCUCAAGUAUGCGUACACUCUUUGAUAUAAUGGAUGAUAAACGGACGGGUUUUGUGCGAUUAUCGGACAUUGAAGCGCGAUGGCAAGAUGAUGGUUCAAAAGGAUUACCACACGGUGUGAUCGAUUGCCUAAGGCGUGUCACUCCGGUGUCCGGAAUGUUAAGUUUCGAACGGUUUUGUGCAGGCUUGAAAAUUUGCUUGCUUCGUAACCAAGCCAACGAUUGUAAAAUGGGCUCGAUUGAUAGUAACAGCAACAGCAACAAUAUUGUCAUCAACAAUGAAAACAACCGUAAUAGUAGCGAUAGCAAUAAAAUUAACAAUAAUCAUGGUAAUCACAUGAAUAAUAUCCUUGCCAGCACCGCUAGCAUCAACGAGGAUACGAAUAAAACAACUCACAUAUACAAAAGAUCUUCAUUACCGGUGCAACGUACAUUAAGUUUACCGAAAUUGAGCCCGUGCAGUGAUGGUGAUUCGUCAUCGGAUCCGUACAUAAUGCCAGUUAUACCAAGUGUUUAUGCACCACCAAAACCACCACGAACUGCUUUGCUUUUGUCAAAUGGGUCGUCAAAUUCAUCCAAUGAUUCUAAAGAUCGAUGUGACAAAGCUGAAAUCCGAAAUGCAUUACAAAACUGGCAAAUGAAUGUGUUGAUGAAUGAAUGGGAGGCCAAAGAUAAACGACGAGCAAUGGCAUUACCAAGCACCAGUUAUAUUAAUCGAGAUAUUAAUCGAGGCACAGCCGAUGGAUCAUCGAACAAUACAAUAACAAAUCACACGCCAUUUCAGCAACAUCAACAGCAACAACAACAACAAACAUCAUCAGCACAACAAUUGAACUCAAGUCAGAAGUCAUCACCGUCAAUUUACCCGGCAAAUCGUUCACCCACACUCUUGGAAUUUCAAAAGAAGAGUAAUCGACGUCGCGAUGAUCGACGCCGCCACACACUUCAGAAUGGUAUCGAUUAUAAUAUGUUGAAACGGAUUCGGCAUUUCGAAGAAGAGAAAGAUCUACUACUUGAUGGUUUGGUUGCAAUUGAAAAAGCACAAGAAUGGUAUUUCAAGCAGAUUGCCUUGAUUCAGGAGAAAAUGAAAUCUUUAGGUCGUGGAGACGGACAUUUGGAGCAGUGGUCAGACGCCUAUGAAGAGCGAUUAGAUUUGCAGCGAGCUCGAAUAAUGGAGGUAAAUCGGCACUUGGCAUCGCUUGAAGAGAGCUGGGAACAGGGCGGAUUUCCAAUGCAUAUGAAUUUAGCGGUGCGCAAUCAUUACUACAUAAACAACAACGGUAGUGGUUUGCCACAAUUUUUUGAUGUUCAAAUGAAUCAAUUAAAAGUACAAAAUCGAAAAUUGACCGAAGAAGUGAGUCAGAAAAGCGAACGAAUUACAGACUUGGAAAUGGAACGAAAGUCACUAUACCGUGAAUUGUUACAGCAUCAGCAACAGUAUCAGCAAAUGCAACAGCAAUUAUUACGGAAACAGGGGCAUAUUUUAUGCGGAAAUGAAGAAGUUAUAUUCUAAAUAUGCACACCGAAUUGUUUACGUUAAAAAUGUAUUCCAUAGCCUAUUAGAAAAAUGUAUUUUUUUUUAAAGAGCACAGUGUUUACGUUGUCUGAAAUUUAUUAGAUCGUUUUAUUGGAUGAUUAUUAUGAUAAUAGUAAUAAUAAUGAACAAAUCACAGAUAAACACACAGAAAUAAAAAUAAUUCAUAAAUUUUAGUCGUGUUUGCUGAUAAAAUUAUUACUCAUUUCAACGCAGUUUUAUAUAUUAGAUUAAUGUUUUUAUUUCUCUGCUCUUUUUGCACCAUUUAAUAUUCACUAAUAUGUUAGAAGAAAAAAAACUACAGUUAGAAAAAAAAUUAGUCGGAUCGGAAUUAAGAAACAUACAGUUUGAACGAAAUUGUUAUAUUAUUUAGAUUUAAUUGAUUGAUAAUAAACUUUUAGAUAGAGUUGGUCAAAAGUC